AUGCCAGGCUGCAUUGAUUAUGCACGAUUCUUAAGUCGCGCAGCUUUGCGUCGACAACCAAGUGCUGUUCGUGAAGCAACUCAGUUAUUUGCACGAUCUCCACCGUCAACAAUCAGCUUUGCAUCAGGAAGUCCAAACACAUCCUUGUUUCCAUUCAAAGACGCAACAAUAACUUUAACAGACGAUACAACUAUUCAUUUGGACUCGUCUGCAAUGACCAAAGCACUACAGUACUUACCUACACCUGGCCAAGAGGAUUUGUUACAAUGGUUGAAAAAACUACAAAAUCGCUAUCAUUCUCCGAUUGAUUUCAAACGAUAUGAACUCUGUAUCACUAAUGGCUCAAUGGAAGGCUUAAGCAAAGUUUUUGAACUUAUUUUAAACUAUGCAGAACCAAUUCUCGUCGAUUCACCUUGUUAUUCCGGUUCUUUAGAUUGUUUACGUGGUUUCGGUGCUGAUGUUAUUAGUAUCAAUACAGACGCCCAUGGAAUGAGUGCCCAAAGUUUACAUGAGACUUUAUCCAAUUGGUCGGAUCCAAAUACUUUACCUCGAGUGCUCUAUACAAUUCCAAAUGGUUCGAAUCCGACUGGUGCAUCAAUGAAUCUAGAACGGAAAAAGCAGAUCUAUGCCAUUGCUCAAAAAUAUAACCUUAUAAUUAUUGAAGAUGAUCCAUAUUAUUUUCUUCAAUUUCAAAAACCUGAUCCUUCAUUUCUAUCAAUGGAUACCGACGGUCGUGUUAUUCGACUCGAUUCAAUGUCUAAAGUUUUAUCAGCUGGUAUGCGUCUUGGGUUUGUUACAGCACCCGUUCCCCUUUGGCAUAAGUUGGUUUGUCAUCAGCAAGUGACUAGUAUGCAUGCAAGUGCCCUUUCGCAGAUGGUAGCAUUGAAGCUAUUCGAAAAAUGGGACUUAUCCGGAUUUCAUCAACAUACAGAACGGUAUGAUUUAGAUAUACGAGUUUUUACUGUUCUAAUUGUUUCGAUGUACUAUAGUAUUGCGGAGUUUUACGGCAAACAAAAGACAUUGAUGGUCAAUGCAAUUCGAAAACAUUUGAAAGAUAUGGUGACAUUCAAUGAACCGAAAGCAGGAAUGUUUGUAUGGUUGAAAGUAAAUGGCGUUGAAGACACAAGAAAAUUAAUUUAUGAAAAAGCACUUGCACAAGAAGUCUUGCUCUUACCCGGUAGUGCAUUUUUUUACGACCAAUCUAAGACUUAUCCCUAUGUUCGCGUGUCUUAUUCAAUUUGUACACCUGAACAAAUUGAAACAGGUAUGGCUCGUUUUGGUAAAGUUCUUCGAGAAGAAUUAAAUAAAUAG